GGAGGAGGAGGAGGAGGCGUCUCCCGGCGCACGCACGCACGCACGCGCACGCUCCCCCGCGCAAGGUAGGGAGGGAAAGAGAGGGACGCAUGCGCGCGCGCGCGCGUCUUUCCCUCCUGGAAUUCCGCUGGAUGGGAAAGCGGGAGAAGAGAAGGAAGCGCGCAGGCGCGAUCUGUCCUGCCCGUUUUUUGUUCGGCCCCUUUAAGAGGCUGUGAGCGCGAGCGGCCCGGCGGCGUUAGGAAAAAGCGGGCUCCGAUUGGUCGCUGCCGCGAGAGAGCUCCCUCCCACCGCGAGGAGUUAACUGUCACAAUGGCGGCGGCCAGCGGCCUCGGAGAGAGAGAAGCAGCGGAGGCCGGGCGCCCCCUUCGGAUGCCGCGCCGCUUAUCCCGGAGGAGGAGGAGGACUGGAGAAAGGAAGGUGAGAUGGGGGCGGAGAUGGGGGGCGGUGGGGGUGCCCCCAAUGUGUCCGGGUUUAUAAACUCCCUAUGUAUAAAAGACAAGUACAGUGGUACCUCAGGUUAAGUACUUAAUUCGUUCCGGAGGUCCGUUCUUAACCUGAAACUGUUCUUAACCUGAAGCACCACUUUAGCUAAUGGGGCCUCCUGCUGCCGCCGCGCCGCCAGAGCGCGAUUUCUGUUCUCAUCCUGAAGCAAAGUUCUUAACCCGAGGUACUAUUUCUGGGUUAGUGGAGUCUGUAACCUGAAGCGUAUGUAACCUGAAGUGUAUGUAACCCGAGGUACCACUGUACAGUGAAACAGUCCCAGCAGGGAUAUUAGGAAAUAAUAAGUCUGUAACCUGAAGUUUAUGUAACCCGAGGUACCACUGUACUUCUGACAAGACAGAAGUACUGUUUUGGGGGGACAGGGGGCGGGCUGGUGUGGAGGAUUCCCUGGUCCUGAAUGGGGUAACUGUGCCCCUGAAGGACCAGGUGCGCAGCCUGGGAGUUAUUUUGGACUCACAGCUGUCCUUGGAGGCGCAGGUCAAUUCUGUAUCCAGGGCAGCUUUCUACCAGCUCCACCUGGUAUGCAGUCUGAGACCCUACUUGCCCGCAGACUGUCUGGCCAGAGUGGUGCAUGCUCUGGUUAUUUCCCGCUUGGACUACUGCAAUGCGCUCUACGUGGGGCUACCUUUGAAGGUGACCCAGAAACUACAACUAAUCCAAAAUGUGGCAGCUAGACUGGUGACUGGGAGCAGCCACCGAGACCACAUAACACCGGUCCUGAAAGACCUACAUUGGCUCCCAGUACAUUUCCGAGCACAAUUCAAAGUGUUGGUGUUGACCUUUAAAGCCCUAAACGGCCUCGGUCCAGAAUACCUGAAGGAGCGUCUCCACCCCCAUCGUUCAGCCCGGACACUGAGGUCCAGGGCCGAGGGCCUUCUGGUGGUUCCCUCACUGCGAGAAGCAAAGCUACAGGGAACCAGGCAAAGGGCCUUCUCGGUAGUGGUGCCUGCCCUGUGGAACGCCCUCCCACCAGAUGUCAAAGAGAUAAACAACUACCAGACUUUUAGAAGACAUCUAAAGGCAGCCCUGUUUAGGGAAGCUUUUAAUGUUUAAUAGGUUAUUGUAUUUUAGUGUUUUGUUGGAAGCCACCCAGAGUGGCUGGGGAAACCCAGCCAAAUGGGCGGGGUAUAAAUAAAUUAUUAUUAUUAUUGUUGUUGUUGUUGUUGUUGUUGUUGUAUAAAAACCGUUUAUUUUAAUUUUUGUGUGUGUUCUAGACCUUGUCAAGGUCUUUCUUAGCUGAGCUGCAAGCUCACCCUUUGCCUUGUUUCUUACAUCUUUCUUUGAAACUGAGUUUCCCUUUUCUCCCUGCAGAUGUUGGGCUCGCAUUUAAGGAGAGGGAGGAGGAGGAGGAGGCCGAGUUCCGUCUUGUGGGAAGGAUGCUAAGCGAGCCUUGAUCCAGAUGGAUGGACCUGUCUUCCCUUUACUGGGCGUGGGUGGGGUGCUGAUGGGGUACCUUGGCUCUGCCAGUGCUCUGAAGAAUGUGCACUAAAGCACAGGCCAUCUCCUCUUUGUUCCGGACACUGAUGACUGGCUCCAGAACAGAGAAUAGCAUUGUGUAGUUGUUGGUCACAAAUUCAGCAAACUCUUUGUACUGCUCCAUGGGGAGGAUGGAAAUAGUCUGGUAACGACAUUUUAUCCGUAUGGAUGGACCUGUCUUCCCUUUAUUGGGUGUGGGAGUGCUGAUGGGAUACCACUUCUCCACGAAUUGCCGACCAGUCACAGCAGCUAUGGGGAUGUUGACCAGACCCACAUAGUUGUUCUUGUCCUUUUUCUUCUUCUUUUCGACAUCUUUAUAGAUGUGGAUGGUGAUGCUAUGGGCAGGUGGAAGGCCAGAGAACCCAAAGUGCUCUCCCCAGAAGAUAUUAUCAUUUUUCAUUUUGCUGGUUGUGUGGGCAAAUGAGGUAUCGUCCAUACACAACAGCCCCGGGUAUCAUCGCUGAGAGGGGUGACAUUCGGCCGGGCCAGCCUUCCAAAGAAUGUCACCCCUGGGUGCGCCACCUGCCCGCGACUCCCAAGCCUCCCCCAAGCUGUCAAAACGAAGGGGGAAGGCCGCCAGCACAGAGGCGCCGGAGUGUGGCGCAGCUUUGCCGGCAGCCUUCCUCUUUCAUUUCAACAGCUCAGGGGAGGCUUGGGAGUCGCGGGCAGGUGGCGCACCCAGGGGUGACAUUUUUUGGAAGGCUGGCACGGCCUUCCAGAAGGCAGCACCUGGCUUGCAGCCCCCAGAGUGCAGCUCCACUUCUCCCAAUGUUCCCGGAGGGCUAUGGAGGAGGAUGACUGGAGAAUGGUAGGUUAGAUGGGAAUGGGGUGAGCGAGGAAGUAUUGGUGGCAGGGAGGGGGCAGGAGGCGGAGAUGUGGGAUGGUGGGUAGGGGUGCCCCGAAUGUGUCUGGGUUUUUGUAACCCUAAACUGCAUUUACUUCGCAUUACCCUCAAGAUAACAAGUUUUAUAUUGUGCCUCAUGAUUCACUGCUCCCCUUGUGAAGUGUUAAUAAAAUUAGCAGGCUCAGCUUACAUCGUAUUGUGUGUGUGUGUGUGUGUGUGUGUGUGUGUGUACAGUCCAUAAAUAGUGUUUACCUAGAACCUUUAAUAAAGUUUAAAAAUAAUGAGGCUGAAAUACAGAACUAUAUACUUUUCUUGUUUUUAAGAUUUAGAAAUCACAAUAGUGUGUGAUGAGACAAACACUUUCCUUGUUUUAAUCAAAUGUCUUAGUAGAUUCUACUUAUUUAAAAAUGACAGGCAUUUUGGACAGACUUGUUAGCAGUAAUUAUAUCCAUGGCAUGCUAUUAGGAAAAUAUACUGCCCCACCAGUGUUUUGGCUUUUAAAAAAAUACAGGAUAUUGCCAUAAUCAGUUUUUUAAAAAUAUAUUGAGGUGAGGGAUAAUUGUAACAUUCAAAACAGGUUUAUUUAGAAGUGGUCUAUGUUUACUUUAAUUUGGAUUUAGUCUGCCUUUUAGCCCAAGACGGCUGAGUACCCUACACAGAUUAGAAUGCUAAAAUUUUAUCUCAUGUUGCCCCUCUUUAAUUUUAAAAUACCUAAGGUGUUUCCCUUUCUUGAGUCUCUCCUUGUAUUACCAUAUGUUUUGUAUGUCUCGUGACAUUUAAACACUUAAUAAAAGCACUGCAGGGACGCGGGUGGCGCUGUGGGUUAAACCACAGAGCCUAGGACUUGCCGAUCAGAAGGUCGGCGGUUUGAAUCCCCGCGACGGGGUGAGCUCCCGUUGCUCGGUCCCUGCUCCUGCCAACCUAGCAGUUCGAAAGCACAUCAAAGUGCAAGUAGAUAAAUAGGUACCGCUCCGGUGGGAAGGUAAACGGCUUGUCCGUGCGCUGCUCUGGUUCGCCAGAAGCGGCUUAGUCGUGCUGGCCACAUGACCCGGAAGCUGUACCCGGCUCCCUCGGCCAAUAAAACGAGAUGAGCACCGCAACCCCAGAGUCGGUCACGACUGGACCUAAUGGUCAGGGGUCCCUUUACCUUUACUAAAAGCAAUGCAAUAUUAUAACGGGAUGGAAAUUUUCUCAACGCCUGGUAAAAAAGACUUUGGAAACUACAAAGAUUGGCCAAAUAAAAAUUGGCACAUUCUGUAUCAAAAAUAUGUACAUAGCCAUCUCAAAUGUAGAUGUAUUUUCACUGAGGUGGGGAAAUUGUAGUUAAGCAUCUCACUUUGGGCACAUUUUAGCCAAAUUUCAGCCUGGCCUGUCUCCUGCUGAAAUCAGAGUUUCAUGUUGCUUGGAAGUAAAUCCUGCUGAUUCUACUCCCAACAUAUGCACACAAUGUUUCCCCAGAUUAGCAUCUCAGCUCUGAGCUCUUUCAAUUGCUCAUCCAAUAGUUGUCAGAUUAUAGCAACAAUCAGUGAGGCGUUCAACAGUGUCUUUUUCAUAUUGGGUUCUUUUUGUCUCCCCCUUAACACUGCCUUGAAAACUUGUGUCUGUCUCUUUAAGUAAACAAUGCAUUCUGUUCCCACACCAAUGGAUUCGGUUUCACUUUUAUAACUAGCACCACACAGAUAGAAAGUUAAAAGUAAUAUAAGAUGAAGGUAUUUGACAAACCAGAGCAUCCUUAUCCAUUUGUAAACUUUCUUAAUCACCAGUAAUUAAGCUAAGCUUUUUGCUUUGUUUUUCAGCCUGUUAAUUAAUGCCUCUUAUUAUGCCAGCAGCCAAAUUGCCUUCUGGGUAAUAAUUAAUUGGCAGAUGGAUCACCCAAGUCGUAAUUGCUUCCAGUCUCAAAAACAGUUAAAAUAAGGAAGGUUUUUGCUGAUCUGAUGCCCUGAAGGCUAACACUGAGAACUAUUGUGUCGUGUCUGGGUACAAUGGGGGUUCCUCUCUCUAAGACCCUCCUCCACAUCUGAAAACUUAUUGUCUCAGGUGAAUGGCUUCCAUCAGGUCAUGUAAGGUUAUCCCUUAUCUCCCUAUCUUCAAAGAGGGAAUGGGACACCAAGAUCUUCAUCUUGGCUAUCAUAAUUUUUUCCGCUGACAGAAAAAAAAAGCGCUGACAGCCGAAAACUAGUCAGCCAUCUCUGCUCCCCAAAAGUCAACUCCAUACUCCUAAUAUAUGUGUAAUAUUUGCACACUUUUUGUUUGAGAACUGCACUGCAAAAUUUGGAGAAUACAAAUUUCGGAGAAAAGUUGUGUUUAGUUUCCCAUAUGGCUUGGGGGAAUGCAAAUUAGGCUUGAAUUAAAAGGUGGACUGAGUCAGAUUUCUCCCCCAUCCUUAUGAAUACACAUGCAUGAAUCAGCUAUCAGCUCAGUAAUGAGUUCACUGCCAUCAAGUGUAUGUCUAACCAACAUAUUUUCACAUGACACCCAUGAGAGCUGUUUGUGCCCAGAAUAUGUAACAUACUGCCUUGUGUUACUUUUGUGAAUAAUGCCCCACAGAAAAAUAGUUGUCAAACAAACUUGCAUGUUGAAAACUACCAUUAUCAUGUUGAUCCUUUAAUGAAAGUUGCAGAGAGAGGCAUCUCUGAAGACAUAUGCUGUAUACAUAAUGGACUAACAGAAUUAUGUAUAAUAGGAUUUAUGAACUAUCUGUAAAGGCAAGAUUCCAAAGACAACCGCUCUUGCCAGUUGUACAUAGCAAUGGAUCGCCAUUUUAAGUAAACAAAGUAAAGAUUGUGUCUGCCACAAGAAUUCUAGAGAUUUAUCCUCCAAGCUCUUCAAUAUAAAUGCAUCUGUCCUUUUGCUUAAAUCCUUCCCAUCUGUUCUCAUAUACGGUUCCAGUCUCAAGCAGUGAUUAACCAGCUACUGUGGAAAAACACCUGUUCCUUUAAUUCAUGGUCAUGGGUUAGUUAUUUAAAGUAAGCUAUGACUUGCUUAGAAUUUUGAAAAUCAGUAUGAAAACCCAAUUAAUAUAAUACAUCAGACAACAGAACUGCAGGUUAUACAGGUUGCAGAACUGCGGUUGAGUGGUAUAAUUAAUUAGAGACAGACAGUCUCUGGCAAGAACUUUCACCCUUAGCUCUUCAAUGUGUGUGGCAUAGUAUUAUCAUUUGGGUCCAUUGGUCCAUGAUACCAACUCCAUGCCACUUUUUCAGAGCUCUUCCUUUCCACUCUCCCACUGUGUUUUUAUUUACUUUCCUCCCUCCCUUCCUGAAAUCAUUCAGUUGAUUCAGCUGCAAUGAAACCAAGUGCUUGUAACCUGAUUUGGAUUUGGGACAUAGCAUUUUAAUUGUCGCAGCUGUCUCCUACAAUCAAUUGUAUGGACCCCAAAUAGGAAAAUAAUUAGCUAUUAUAAGAAUCCAGUUCACUUAGCUUCCAUUCCCUAAAGUUAGACAACGUACUUCACACACAAGCUGAUGAAAGGUUGUGAUCUAAUGCUCUGAUCAGAGGUGCCAACUUGAAUAAAAUAUGGGGGGGGGCAGGCAGUGCUUUUUUCAGGGGGUACUCACGGAUAUGCAUUACUGGCACCUCUUGUCAAAAGUGUGGCACUUACUGUAACAACUUCAUAAAGAGGAUGGGCAACUAUUUUUCUAUUUAAAGAAGUACUGGGGGCAAGUUCAUAAUCGAUCACAAGAUGUGGCACAUGCACACCGUUUGAAUGGCAAUGUCCAUCAGCUUUGUGGAGGGGCAGCCCCUCAAAUAUUUCAUUUGGGCGGGGCAAAGGGACCUGAUAAUAGUAAUAGUAAUAAUAAUAAUUUAUUAUUUCUACUCCGGCCAUCUGGCUGGGUUUCCCCAGCCACUCUGGGCGGCUUUCAACAGAACAUUAAAAACAGAAUAAAACUUCAAACAUUAAAAACUUCCCUAAACAGGGCUGCCUUCAGAUGUCUUCUAAAAGUCAGAUAGUUGUUUAUUUCCUUGAUAUUUGAUGGGAGAGCGUUCCACAGGGCAGGUGCCACUACCAAGAAUGCCCUCUGCAUGAUUCCCUGUAACCUUACUUCACGCAGUGAGGGAACUGCCAGAAGGCCCUCAGAGCUGGACCUCAGUGUCCAGGCUGAACAAUGGGGGUGGAGGUAGGUAGCCGUGUUGGUCUGCCAUAUUUGAAGAAGCGUGCAUGCACACGAAAACUCAUACCAAUAACAAACUUAGUUGGUCUCUAAGGUGCUACUGGAAGGAGUUUUUUUAUUUUGUUUCGGUGGGGGUGGAGACGCUCCUUCAGGUAUAUUGGGCCGAGGCUGUUUGGGACCUUGGCCUCUAGGAAUGGCUCCUAUGGCUCUGGUAGUCUCCCAUCUCCUCGUUACUGUCACUCGGGUUUCUUCCUCCUCUAGUCCCGCAAAAGUGUUAUGCCCACUUUCUGGGCUAUGUGCAACCCUUGUGUUUGGCUGCUCAGAGUGACCUGUCAAUCAGUGCCCACCCAGGUCAAGAGCCCUUAAAAACAGAAUGCUGCCAACAACCCUUUAUCUUUAAUCCCUUGUUGUGCAACCAACGCCAGAGACUACAGGGUCAGAAGUGACCUGAAGAGGAGGUUUUGCUGUUAUAUUUUCUAGCAUAGGGUUACAUUGGCUAAUAUUCCGGGUCAGUUGUUUACUACUCAUUAAUACCACUCCACUUAAAUAAACUGCUUAAUUAGGAUUCUCUGGCUGGACUGAUUUCUGAAUGUGCUUAAGGGCUGUUCGUCCUCUCCUGUUGGUUGAACUGCACUGGUUUAAAGUGCCCUGGAGGUCAAAAAGGGGUGACGGGUGGAAGCUGCCAGGCAGGAGACAUGGAGUUUGGCUGGCUGUCCUCCUACUCCCAAGUAGAACACCAUAAAGUAGUGGGAAUCCUGCACACCUUGCCCUAGGUGACAGAGGGGCAGAUAGCAAGAAGAGAGAGUAGGGUGUGUCAUCCGCUGCUAGUGAGCUACUCUGCUGGGUUGGCAUUGGAGUGGAGGGACACCAUCCAUAACAGCAUUCAAAUCAAAGACUGCCCAAAGACUUCAGUCGUUCAGCUGUGAUGUUAUACUAGCUCUUAUGAACCAAAGGCUGGAAUCCAGUGAGUGUGUGCACACCAACUGGAGAGCGAUAGCAAGGUGAACAUUAUAAGAGCUUUUAAAAGUAGCAAAUGUCAUAUAUUCAAGGGCAUGAGCAUGGUUGCACAAGGAAAGAAAAAAUCCACAGGGGGAAAAACAUUUUGCUGCAUUAUAGAGAAAAACUUUUCUUACUUUCUGCAUCCAUUCCCCUAUUUGGAAUGCCAGAAUCCAAAACAGUCAUAAACUGCAUUUAAGGCUUAAUCAUGAGCAUGACUGGAGCUAUUGUUGUUGUUAUGUCGGCUUUUUAAAAAUUCCAUGCUAUGAUUCUUCAUUUACUGCCCCAGUUUUGCUCUGUAGCAUCAAAGAUUUAAGAGCUUUGAGGAAAGGCAGAAUCUGCAAUAAAAACACUUUUUAAGUGUACCAUUAGCAUUCAUGCAGUCAUGCUUUCACAGAGUCUUCUUAAAUGGCUUAGAUGCAAACAGAAGGCUUCUCUGUUUUCUUUUAUAGCCCCAGCAUCUUCUGGUCCAUUCAUUUUUAGCGCAAUUGGAUUCCAGCAGACAUUAUCCUUCAAGACGUCUUCAUUCUGAAUGAAGCUUGCUCUUCCAGCAACUCCCCUCCCCACCCAGCCCUAUGAGGCAACUGGCUACUCAUGAUUUAAAGCAACGCUGCCCAAAGAGGCGGAGAGGCCUAUGACAAGGAAGCAGGUUAGACAGAUGCUCCAGAGACCAGAGCCUGUGAUGAGUUGGCAUCCAGUAAAUGAUUCAGUGUGGCGAAGCGACGCAGUUGUUAUCUGUCAACAGCAGCAGACUGCAACCUGAACCCAGGAAAACAUGUUCUCAAAUGGGACACUGACCCACAACAAUGCAGAUACAAAUGCCAACAUAGAAUACAGUGGUACCUCAGGUUAAGUACUUAAUUCAUUCUGGAGGUCUGUACUUAACCUGAAACUGUUCUUAACCUGAAGCACCACUUUAGCUAAUGGGGCCUCCUGCUGCCACCGGAGCACGAUUUCUGUUCUCAUCCUGAAGCAAAGUUCUUAACCCGAGGUACUAUUUCUGGGUUAGUGGAGUCUGUAACCUGAAGCAUAUGUAACCUGAAGUGUAUGUAACCCGAGGUACCACUGUACAGUGAAACAGUCCCAGCAGGGAUAUUAGGAAAACUUCCGUCUCUUCCCUUUAUCUUCUUCUUGGUAGAGGGGGAAAAAUGAAAAUCUCAUCAACCAAAGAGGCAGGGGCAAGAAAUUGUCGGAUCAUGGGGAAGGAAUUUGCAUAAAACCUGCCGACUCUUUCAGAACUGAUGAGGCAAGGUGAGGUGGCUGCCUCAGGCAUAUGAUGGGGGGGGGGCAUUAAGGACAGCAGAUUGAAGGCAGCCUGAUAUGGCCCUUACUCAGUUCUGCAUAAGUCUCAUGGAAAUGAACAGGCAUUGCACAAGGUUUCCUAUCCACUAUGCAGUUCUGUUCCAGGAGUAAAAGGAGAUUUGUUCAGGCUGUCACAUACAGCUGCUGUGGAUGAACUGCAUAUGAAGCAAUAGUGCUUGCUGCCUUUUAAAGAGCAGAGACCCAUCUGAGCCCUGUGGGACUGCCGCGCUGAGACUGGAGCUCAAUCUGUGCCUGCUCCUGCAGGUAGAACUUCAGAUCAUCUGCCCUCAUAUGACGCCACGUGAUGGACCCUGCACAUCUGUCAACAAAGGCCCUCCCACCAGGUCCACUUCCUCACCCUAGACCUAGGCAGCGUGAACCAUCCUGGGAUAUAGUUUAAUGAACGGUGGUAUAGAAAUGCGUUAAAAUAAAUGCAUUCCUGUGGGGCACUAUUGGGCUUCACCACAGAGAAUUGGGCUUCAGGAGACAAGAUCAGCAAUGGUGGGGAAUCUGUUUGGCAUUAAUGGCCUUAUCAUUUAAUAACUCCUAGGACUCUAGGACUUUCUGACCAGAAAGCAGUUUAAAAACUGAUAGUGUAACACGUAGAGGUAUUGCCCUAAUAUGGAUUUUGGAAUUUUUCUUAUGGGCCAACAAAACUGCCUUUAAUAUUUGGUCAGUAUAUAAAACAACAUUUUAAAAAUCUAACAGCAUCUGAUAUACAGUGUGCAGUGGGAAAGUCACCCUAAAUUUUGAAUAUUUAUGGAUAUUUUGUUUGUCUCUAAUAAAAUAGAUACUUCUUGGGGGGUUUUCUCAGUAGGCUCUAAGGAAAGUUGAAAAACAUUCACAGUGAAAUUCACAUUUAAUUAAUUUAUUGCAGUGUUCAAGUCUAAAUUACAUUUAUAAGAGGGAGUUGCAAGAUGUCUAAGCUAUAUUCUUACCCUUCAAAAGUAGCAGUAAUGGAAAUUGGUUCUUACUGACAAAACAAUUAGCUUGGAACACGAUGAAGUUAAAAUUCCACUAGUUAAUUUAUUGUGGUUUCAAGAACAAGCACAAACAAAGUGUUCUUUGGGGAUAAAAAUCAGUAGAACACUUGAUGUUUGGCACAGACCAGAUGAUCCCAGGUGUGCCACCACUUUCUCGCAGUUCCUUUUGGCAAUAAUUCAUUUCCCUUACCUGAUCUUUUAGGUUUCCUUAUGGCAGGUGUGGGAGAGGAAGUCCCAUUACAUGUGCACACAUAAGUCCUACUUACUGCUACGUGUACACAGAAGUUAAGAGCCUUAAUAAGGUGCAAUCCCUUAGCAAAAGUUGGCCCAAUACACUAUUAAAUGUUCUCAUUAAAACAAAAAACUACUGCAAUAUGUUCAAACCUACAAGUUCACAUACAUUUCCCCCCUUUUCUGUUGUGACUGCUUUGUUCCCAUUCCAUCCACAUAUAACCUGCAAAUACGGUAAUCCUCUGUUCUGCAAUUUACGGAAGCAGUAGUUAUUUCAUACAGCACCUCUCAACAAAGAAUAAAGGAAUGAGGAUGCAGGAUUUGCAAGUUCUUAAAGAACUGCCUCAUUGAUUGAAUGAAAAUCCCACCGGUACAGCAUUCUGUUUGCAACACCAGCCAGAGAGAUGCCUUUAGGGAGCUCAUAAAAAGGCAAGAAUGUCUCUUGCCUAUUGUCUCUCUCCAGCAUCUGGUUAUAGAGAUACAGUAUACUGCCUCUGUGUAAAGAGGUUCCAUUUCUCUGUUAUGGCUAAUAAUAAUUGAUAAGCAUGAUUAUCAGUUCAUGAAUAGUUUUACUCCAUUAAUUUAUCCAAUAUUUUAAAACAGCCAUCUGAGCCAAGAACUGGAGGGCUGAAUCUUCCAGUGACAAAUUAGAUUUGGCCCCAAAAGUAUCACUGUGGAAGUGUGACCGCUUCAGUGACAAAGUGCUGUUGCAGCCACAGAGGGCAAAUCUAAUUUAAAGUUGUUGUUUAAAAGGAAAACAACUUGAUUUGGAAGUUCACAGGUUUGCAAGCUCUGCCCAUUCUUGAAUAUAGAUUCCUACAUCAACCGGAGAAUUUGGGCAGCUGUACUUGAGGCUUAAAGACUGGCAAGCCACUUGCUAAGAGUAAUACUAGAAACUAAGAGUUACAUGCUGACAGAGGCCUGAAGGGCCGGAUUCAAUGUCGACAUCUGUUUUCCCUCCCCUGCCACAAGGGAGAAUAAUAAUAAUCUCACUUAAGGACUAAGUAGAAAGCUAAGACCAUGCGGCAGCUUCUUGGUCUGAGGGUCUGAAGUCAACAACAGAAGCCCUGUCCACCUCUGCGUCUGGUCCUUUGACCUCUCACAGAAGCUAGACUUCUGUCUCAACACACCUGGGAGAUUAAUAAACUGAAGGGUAGGCAUGCAGGAGAAAUCCAUUCAGCUGGCAUUUGAAGCCUUAUCUAUCAAAUCUGCACUUCCCCAAACAAUACACCGACUGGCCAGCUAAAGCAGGUGAGGGUAGCCUAUAGGUCUCAAACCCUCAGUGAGUUAGGGAAUUCCCCUGCGUGUAAAGACAGGCUCCGGCAAACUGAAUUCACACUAAACUCCUGAUGAAUUUUCACUGCAGAAAUGCAGAGAACUGAAAUACAGUGGUACCUCGGGUUACAUACGCUUCAGGUUACAUACGCUUCAGGUUACAGACUCCGCUAACCCAGAAAUAGUGCUUCAGGUUAACUUUGCUUCAGGAUGAGAACAGAAAUUGUGCUCUGGCGGCGCGGCAGCAGCAGGAGGCCCCAUUAGCUAAAGUGGUGCUUCAGGUUAAGAACAGUUUCAGGUUAAGUACCUCUGGAAUGAAUUAAGUACUUAAACUGAGGUACCACUGUAAUAAUAAUAAUAAUAAUAAUAAUAAUAAUAUUUUUUUUAUUUAUACCCCGCCCUUCCCAGUUCAAAAACCGGGCUCAGGGUGGCUAACAACAAAUUUAAAACACUUAAUUGUAAAAGCAGCAUAAAAUACAGUAUAAAAACAUGAAUAACAAUAAAAUUCAAAGUUCAGAAAUCAAUUUAGGGGAAAUCCAUCUAAUAAGCAUUAGAUAAUCACCAGGGCUAGCUGGCUGAAUUGGUCCUACUUGGGCCAGCAAGGAGGCCAGGGGAGAAUUACCUGUUGGGUCUCAGAGCAGGUGAACUUCAUAAAAGGGGAGAGGGAGGGAAGAGAAGGGAAAUAAAAGAUCAGGCUGAAUUCAAAUUAAAGGCCAGGCGGAAUAGCUCUGUCUUACAGGCCCGAUGGAAGGAGGUUAAAUCCUGAAGGGCCCUAGUCUCCUGGGACAGAGCAUUCCACCAGGUCGGAGCCAUCACUGAAAAGGCCCUGGCCCUGGUGGAGGAUAGUCUGACUUCCUCAGGGCCUGGGACCUCUAAACUGUGGUUAUUCAUGGACCUUAAGGUCCUCUGCGGGGCAUACCAGGAGAGACGGUCCCGUAAAUGAGGAUUGGAAAAUGACAAGAGGAGUGAACCACAACUGAGACAGGUCCUUCCAUACUUAUUGAAGAGAAAUAUAUAGCUGAACUCCUCUUUGGUUAGCAGCUUUUGGCAAGGUAAUGCAGGAAUUAUCCACCUAUUCCUAGUUGUGUCUUGUGCAAAAGUGUGAGUAAUAUGUCUGCUAAAGACAUGUGAAAUUAAUAGAGCUGUGUGUGUCCCAAGAGGCAGUGUGUAAAUCCUGAUGUUAAUUACUUGUCCCAGACUAGCUGGGGCCACAAAUGCACCAAACUAAGGCCUGAAUGUGUUUGCCAAAUAAUAAACGUAAUCUUCUAGAGGUUCCUGUGGAUACAGACACAAUCCAUCAACACUGCAGCAUCUUAUAAACACAAGAAAGCUCUUAUUACAUGCUAUCAUGUUGCUGCUUGUCUGAUGCUCACUGCCAUGGAAGGCUUAGAGGACACAUCAGAGCUGUCAUUGUCUCUCAAACAAAACAGAAGAGUUACAGGAAAUUCUUGAUUCCACCCAUGCACACCUAGGUCUAGUGCCAUCUAGGAACUUUGUCUCUGUCAUGACACAAGCCACACAACACACUUCCUGCCUGGAGAGCUCUUGCUCACUUUCUAAAUGACAUUUUGGUUGGUCUUUAUAAAGAUUUUGCCUGGCUAUGGUAUGGAUGGUACUUUUUUUCUUAUGGCCCAACACAAUGUUUGUGAGUCUUAGAGAAUACUGUAUGUUAACUUCUCCAAACAUGAAAAUCAGGGAUAUCUUCCUUCCCAGUCUGAUGACAGCAGUCCUUUCAGUUUCCUGGUAGAAGUCCAACCGCUGCAACAUGCAGUUGCACUCACUUUCCUCACUUUGCCCAGGCUACACUUUUCAGAGAAUUUGCUCUGCUGUAUUGUGGCCCCAUGCCAUAUGUAGGCGUAAUAUAUUUUGUAGUUGCUCAGAGACAUCUGACAUCUUUGCAUCCCCCCAACAUGACAUGUCUCAGAAAUGAUAAUGAAGUAGUUGUUCACAUAUGGCGUAAAUUGAAUGCUCUUGUGAAAAACAGAUCAAUUGUCGUGAAGGGUUUUUGCAUGCAAGAAAAAUAUUGUAUCAAACAUCUGUGCACGGGCAUCUUUUUUGUGUCCAACAUUUCUUAAAAUUACAGUUGUAUGAUGGCUCAAACCUCCUGGCAAAUAGAAGGGGGAGAAAUGGAGGCGGUGAGAGAUUUUACUUUCUUGGGUUCCAUGAUCAUUGCAGAUGGUGACAGCAGUCAUGAAAUUAAAAGACGCCUGCUUCUUGGGAGCAAAGCAAUGACAAACCUAGGCAGCAUCUUAAAAAGCAGAGACAUCACCUUGCCGACAAAGGUCCGUGUAGUUAAACCUAUGGUUUUCCCAGUAGUGAUGUAUGGAAGUGAGAGCUGGACCAUAAAGAAGGCUGAUCGCCAAAGAAUUGAUGCUUUUGAAUUAUGGUGCUGGAGGAGACUCUUGAGAGUCCCAUGGACUGCAAGAAGAUCAAACCUAUCCAUUCUGAAGGAAAUCAGCCCCGAGUGCCCACUGGAAGGACAGAUCCUGAAGCUGAGGCUCCAAUACUUUGGUCACCUCAUGAGAAGAGAAGAUUCCCUGGAAAAGACCCUGAUGUUGGGAAGAGGAAAAGGCGACGACAGAGGCAUAGCUGUCAACUUUUCCCUUUUCUUGCGAGGAAUCCUAUUUGGAAUAAGGGAAUUUCCCUUUAAAAAAAGGAAACAUUGACAGCUAUGGACAGAGGAUGAGAUGGCUGGACAGUGUUCUCGAAGCUACUAACAUGAGUUGAACUGCAAGAGGCAGUGCCUGGUGUGUUCUGGUCCAAGAGAGUCGGACACGACUAAACAACAACAACUUUAUGAACCACAUUCAUUUCAUUUUGAGCCAUAUAUGAGCCCUGCCAUGCUGUUAAAAACACUGCAAUGUCAUGUCACAAUAAAUUUAAAUGGUCCUUAUGUAUUGAUCCACAUAUAGUAAAUUUAGUGCUUUCAUUUAUGACAAAGUACCUAAUUGUGAGGAAUUCUAUACCAAUGCACUAAAACCAGACAGUGACAAAACUGACAUAGGAGUUCCUUCAUCAGAGCAACAAAACCCAGCCCAAUAAACCCUGCAGCCUCGGUAUUUAAUUUUGCCAUGGCUCAGGUCUUCCUGGAGGCCAGUUCUCAGGCUUGUAAGCAUUUUGCUUUCAUCCCAGGCACAUGAAGGUCAGCAGGGCUCGUGCUCAAGCUCUUUACUGUUUUGCAUAUCCAAAGGCAGAACCCCAGGACUCAUAGCUAAUCUACAAAGUGCAAGGGUCUGUUAGUAGACUGAGAGAGCUGCUAAAUGAAAGAUUACACCUAAAAGUUGGUUAACAACUGUUUGGAUAAAGUCAAGCACUUAGUGCAUCACUGCAGUUUGCUGCUCUGUCAAACAACAGUUUUUGGCUCGCAUUUAGAACUGUGAACUCCGAGCAGCAGGCCGGGGCUAUUUUUAGCAGAGCACUUAGUUUAAUGAAGUUGAACUUGCCUCAAGAGGUUUCCAUGAAAAGCCAAAAUGCUUUCAGAAGUCUGGAAUCCGGAGCUUUUGAUUCCAUGUGUUUGCUCAGAGCAAACUUUGUUUCCCUUCACUCUGCAGUUUCAUAAAGCUUUGACAAUAUUCAAAAUCAUCUGCCUAGACCACAAUUAGACCUAUGUCAAAUUAUAUUUUUAUGUUUUUUUAUUUUUUAAAUGAUAUUUAUUAAAAUUUCAAAAAAAGGAUUACAUUGAUAAGAAAAGUAACAAUAGAAAAAAGAAAAAUACAAAGUACAAAAACAAACAAACAAUUAAAAACAAUUCCAUCUUUUCCUCACUUCUCUUACAUUUACUUGUUUCCCGGACCUCCUCAUACCUCCCUUUUUUGUAUUCCAAUUCAAUUUAUUAGUCCAGCAAUUCCUUUCCCUCCUUUUUAAUCCUGAUCUUUAAUCUUAAUAUAUUAUAGCAUUAGGUUUUUGCAUAUUGAAAACCAAUUUUUCCAUCUUCUUUUAUACCAUUACAGCUAGAAACCGCUUAACUUCAAUCCAACAUCAUUCUAACAUUCAUUAAUUUUACAAUAUUUCUGUAAGUAGUCUUUAAAUUUCUUCCAAUCUUCUUCCACCGACUCUUCUCCCUGGUCUCUGGUCUUUCAUUCAACCUAUUUUUAAAGUAGGUUCCUGUUUAAUUACGGUCCGGGCAGCUGAUCUACCGUACUUGUAAUAUGUAUAUGCUCAUUAUCUUUCCUUAUGGAACAUGGAACAUGUAUAUUGUAUGGGAAGGUCAGGAGGAAAAUAGUGGGGUAGAGGAAAGGGUUAAGAACUGGUAGCCACUGGUAGCCUUCUGACCCCUGCCUUUGCCAUCCAAGUUGGAAAUGGGAAUUGCAACCAAACAGCCCACAAAUUACAGAACACAUAUGCGAACACAGAGGUGACCUAUGGGUUUAUGAUGGUUUCUGAGGAGAAGCCUUGGCAAAAUAACCAAAUCUAAGGUUUGCUUCCGUCUGAUCCGCCACUAUAAGCUGCAGUGUGAAGGUAGCUUUUGGGGACGCCAUGUGAAAAACUGCAAAUUCAGGGAUAUCCAUUUUAAUUCUAAUGGACCCAAAUUUUACGUGGACCCUGAAGAAAUGCAAAGAACCUCUCUUCCCCACUCCGUUUUCUUCCUUUCUGCUGGUGUGUGUGUGUGUGGAGAGAGAAACAGCUGGAGCCUGUGGCGUCCGCACAGCCGUCCAGAUUCCAAAAAGGUGAGCAAGACCUUGAGAACAACCACCUGCCACCCAGCCACAGCUUUCAGCAUUCAGAAACCAAGGCAGAAAUAGCGUUCAGGUGGGCUGCAAGUUCACUGGAUGGAAAACAAGUUUUUCCUAUGAAGAAAUUGCGCUUGAAUGCUGGGGAAAUUAAUAUUCCAGCAAAAGCACUCACAUCAGGAAGGAAAUGGAUUUGUACAACAAAUGAGUAACAACUGACUCGGCAACAACAGCAGCAAAAAAAUCAAUAUGUCUGAAAUAAAUACAUCUGAAAUCAAUGCACCAUCUCAAAAAUCACCUUCCCUGUUCCUACACUGCCUAGGUCACAUCUUGAUUUUCCUGGCACUCAAACCUGCUUUUUGCCUAACUGGCUUCUGCUGGGCUUCCCCACCUUCAGACCCCCCCAUCUUGGGUGGCGCCCACAGCCCCGUCCCAGAAGGCGCCCCCCUCCCCUGUGCACUGAGGAGGAGGAGGAGGCAAGUGAGCCGGCACAGGCAGACAGCCACACAAGCAAGUGAGCCGGCACAGGCAAGCAGCAACACAGGCAAGUGAGCCGGCACAGGCAGGCAGCCACACAAGCAAGUGAGUUGGCACAGGCAAGCAGCAACACGGGCAAGUAAGCCGGCACAGGCAGGCAGCGACACAGGCAAGUAAGCCGGCACAGGCAGGCAGCCACACAGGCAAGUGAGCCGGCACAGGCAAGCAGCAACACAGGCAAGUGAGCCGGCACAGGCAGGCAGCCACACAGGCAAGUGAGCUGGCACAGGCAAGCAGCAACACAGGCAAGUGAGCCGGCACAGGCAGGCAGCCACACAGGCAAGUGAGCCGGCACAGGCAGGCAGCCACACAGGCAAGUGAGCCGGCACAGGCAGGCAGCCACACAGGCAAGUGAGCCGGCACAGGCAGGCAGCCACACAGGCAAGUGAGCCAGCACAGGCAAGUAGCAACACAGGCAAGUGAGCCGGCACAGGCAGGCAGCCACACAGGCAAGUGAGCCGGCACAGGCAAGCAGCAACACAGGCAAGUGAGCCGGCACAGGCAGGCAGCCACACAAGCAAGUGAGUUGGCACAGGCAGGCAGCCACACAGGCAAGUAAGCCGGCACAGGCAGGCAGCCACACAGGCAGGUGAGCCGGCACAGGCAGGCAGCCACACAGGCAAGUGAGCCGGCACAGGCAAGUAGCAACACAGGCAAGUGAGCCAGCACAGGCAGGCAGCCACACAGGCAAGUGAGCCGGCACAGGCAAGCAGCAACACAGGCAAGUGAGCCGGCACAGGCAGGCAGCCACACAGGCAAGUGAGCCGGCACAGGCAGGCAGCCACACAGGCAAGUGAGCCGGCACAGGCAAGCAGCAACACAGGCAAGUGAGCCGGCACAGGCAGGCAGCCACACAAGCAAGUGAGCCAGCACAGGCAGGCAGCCACACCCUCACGCGUGAGGAAGUCUCUUGGCACUUACUCAGGCUUACUUCUGAGUAGGAGGCCGAGUUCUUGGCUAUGUCUCGUCGCUUCUCCCUUUACUCACCUCAGGGGGCUGUUGUGACACCCAUCGACCCACCCGCAAUGUGCAUUCCCCCUGCCCUGAGAAUGUACUCAGAGCAAAUAUAGCACUGAUAGCAAGGUGAUGCAGGCGCCUGGAACACAUUCUUGUUUGGUAGUCACUAAAAUGAAGUUUAGUCUGUAGCAGCAAGCGAACAAGACCCCCAAGGGAAGCAGCAGAGCACAUGCAUUUCCCUGGCUUCUGCUGAAAAGAGGGAUGGGGCGUGUCAGAGGCUCCCUUCAUAAGUUGCUUUAAUAUUAUUAUUAUUAUUAUUAUUAUUAUUAUUAUUAUUAUUUUACACGAACUUGAUCUGAAAUACAAAUGUGUGGUCCUGGUUCAACGGAAUGUGAGAAGAGUGAACAACCAGCAUUAGUAGGGAACCAGGAAGGGUCGCAACUAAUGAGCAAAACAGAUUGGGGAAAAGUGUGUUGCGAAAGAGCUGUAACAAGAAAAAACAGAGCAGUAAGAAAUGCUCUGGCUCCAUCUGGUGGGAGGAGCGAGGAAAUGUCCUGCUACCAUCUGCAUCCCAUCCCAUUUUCUUUUGAGAAGUUUCAGAUCAUGUAGUGGAACAUCUCUCAACUCUAGUAAGCUCAAGGAACUCGAAGAAGCUCAAAGCUACAAAUGUUUAAAAGCUACCAAGGCACAGCCUGUGAAAUCAAAACUGCCAUGAUCCAAAGGGUGUUGUUUGUUCCUCUGUCGUGUCAACCAGUAGUUUUGAGCAUCUUAUGCUUCUGAAGUAGGCUUUGGUUGUGCCAACUUGGGUGAAAUGGUUUGCCUCUGCUGAGCUGUAAAUAUCCAAACAAGCACAGGCUUACAAAAGGGAACUCAAAAUCCCAGUGUGCUGUUUCCAGUCCCUUUCCACUCCAUAUAAAGAGAAUACUAACCGUUGACAGAGCUAAGUACUUCGAAAGCAUAAGAUGCUACUUCCAUGUCUUUCACCCUGGCAGAAACAACCUGCUGCUCUCCGGCUGUUGGGCUCCACUGCCUUAUCUGCAUCAAAAUUAAUUUCAGUGUUCCAUAUUUCACACUAGAGCAAGAUCGGAGCAAUAUCGACCCCAAUCAGUUUUCUAGCAAAUCAACAAAGAUUGCCACUAAGAGUAAGCCUCCAGACUGGCCCAUUUAUCUAAUUUGUUUUUAAACCGAGCAGAUGGAGUUUCUUUGCUUAGCGUUGCCUCUGCUGCCUUGGAGCUAUGUACCCAAGCCCGGCUCUGGGGCCAUGCCAACGGAAGCAAACAACUUGCUUUGAAUACCUUUCUUGUUCAAAGCUGCAGAUGUUCUCCCUUGGGCCAAUGGGCCUCACAAGCCGUGGACAUUCUAGAGGUGUUCCCUUUCUGCUGUCUGCAGAGCUAUGUUUGCAGAUGCAAACUGGAGCUGAAGAGGCAGUGUUUGGCUUUUGCUUGGCUCAUGGCAUCCUCUGGUUAUUUUCCCUAUUUGAAAAAACAACAACAUGUUCCACAAACAUUUCCACCCACGAGAGAGCAAGGGUUUAGAACAGGAGUCAGUUUUCCAUAACAAAUGCAGGAAGUCUUUUUCAUCCGCAGGUGAGGAUGGGUGGACAUCCUCUAUCUGGUUUCUUUAAAAAAAAAAGUAGAGAAAAAAGCAACACUGUGGUAUGUUUUAGCUUCCACUAGUGUAAAAGGUAAAGGGACCCCUGACCAUUAGGUCCAGUCACGGACAACUCUGGGGUUGCAAUGCUCAUCUGGCUCUAUAGGCCGAGGGAGCCGAUGUUUGUCCGCAGACAUGUGGUCAUGUGGCCAGCCUGACUAAGCCGCUUCUGGUGAACCAGAGCAGCGCAUGGAAACACUGUUUACCUUGCUGCAGGAGCGGUACCUAUUUAUCUACUUGCACUGGUGUGCUUUCGAACUGCUAGGUGGGCAGGAGCAGGGACUAAACAACAGGAGCUCACCCCUUCGGUGGGAUUCGAACCACCGACCUUCCGAUCGGCAAGCCACCACAGCACCACCCGCAUCCACUAGUGUAGGAAACUGCUUAAAAGAUGGGGUUUCCAGGACAAACUUAUAAUACUAGCUGGAUAUACCAGAAGACACGGCAAAAAAGGAGCAUCUGGUAAAGGCAUGAGAUGUGCUUGCUUUCAAUACUUCUUCGUAACUAAGCCCAUGGUAGGCUGGUUGGUCAGGAAAACAGCCAAUUUAAACAAUUAAAACAAGUCUCCUAUUUUGAAAUUAACAUUUUUUAAAGCAACCCUAACCAGCUAUGACCUCUCAGAAGCUUUUGAUACAUUAAGCCAUGGUAUCCUAAUGGAGUAGCUGUCGGAGAUGCAGGGGGACCCAGUCCUACUUGGAUGGUUGCUCCCAGAGGGUGAUGCUUGGAGAGUUUUCUUCAGCCCUAUGGGGCAUUCAGUGUCGCAGGGUUUGAUUUUAGCCUCCAUGCAGAUGAACACCUACAUGAAACGGCUAAAUGGGGUCAUCCAGAGGUUUGGAGUACGCUGUCAGCAAUAUGCUGAUGAUGCUCAGCUCUACUUCUCCUUCACAUCUGCAGGGGAGGCAGUGGAAGUGCUGGACCAGUGUCUUGCCUCGGUAAAGGACUGGAUGAGAGUCAAUAAACUGAAACUAAGUGCAGAACAGACUACUAGACCAGAUGGAUGGGAAAUUGCCUCUGAAGGAGCAGGUAUGUAGCUUUGGGUUACUUCUGGAUCCUUUGCUGUCACUUGAGGUUCAGGUGGCUUCAGUGGUGCAGAACGAAAUAGAUAAAAUAUAGCCGGCACUAGAUAUUGGUUUGCAACUAAACUGAAAGCUAAGAAUACACCCAGGAACCUCACCAAAAUGCUGGAGAGGGUGCACCUCCACAGGCACAUACCUCCACAUGUGGUGGGAGUGUCCCAAAAUCCAACUAUUCUGGACAACAGCCAUACAAGAAAUAUGUAAAAUAACUAAGCAAGUAAUAGACAUCACCCUGGAAUUGGCCCUACUAAAUAUCUUCCAAGACAACAAUGCCCAUUUACACCACAAAGAACUCAUAACCCACCUGCUCUCAGCAGCCAGAAACACCAUAACCAGACACUGGAGAGACCUGUCAGGAGUAAACAUGGACCAAUGGUACCAAAUAGUAUGGGAAACAGCCCUACUAGAAAAAUUAACUAAUAAACUGAAACUGACACGGGGACAAACAGAAGAAGACGCCUUCACCCCGGUAUGGCUCCCCUUUAUCACAUACACAGCCCAACAGGACAAUGACAAUAAUCCACCAACAGCAUACAAAUCAAUAUGGCUAACCUGAUCCAAAACACCCACCCACCUCACUCACACACGAAAACAAAGAUCACCACAGCCAAUCACAAGCAAACAAUCACACCCUAGGCCAACCCCAACCUCUCUCACCACCAAAGGAACACAAGUGAACAACACAAGCAACGCUGACACCAAACUCUACAUACAUUAAACAUAAUAGAAACAUCGUCACCCAACCCCAACCCCAUCCAUCUUCCCUCUCUCCACCCCCCUUUCUUUUUUCUUUUUUUUCUUCUCCCCCUAAUGCCUCAACAAAUGAAACAGAUUUGUAAAAAUGUUACAUGGGAAAAAAAAUACGAGGCGCUACACUUACUUCUGUAAAACAAGAAAAUCCUUAAUAAAAUAUUUUUUAAAAAACCUGAAGGCUAAGAUAAUGCAAAAUAAACAUGCAAUGCAUGGUUCUCUCUCUGCAUAAGCAAGGAUAGAACACUCUGUCACUUAUCCUACAAAUAAGUGUCCAGAACUUCCCAUUAACAAGGGCUGACAAUUUCUCAAUAAGAGGAAAAGUAAAUAAGAAGGCUGUGUUAGAUUAGCAGAGUUAUAAAUAUUCAUGACCGAAGAGUAUAGACUGUGGGAGAGAAUAAAUAGGAGCCAAAUACCAGCCAUAUAGGAGCCUAGGGAACUGCCUUGUAUUGAGUCAAACAAGCAGUCCAUUUACCUCAGUACUGUUUGCACUGACUGGCAGUGGCUGUCCAGGGGUUCAGGCAGGGGGCCUUCCAAGCUGCACCUUGAGAUCCAGGGGAUUCAACUAGAGACCUCCUGCAAGCAAAGCAGAUGCUAAUAUAAUCUUGUAGUGGGAUAAAAGGAUGGUUUCUAGUGACUGUGAUUACUUGCUAGACGCUGGCUCCAAGUGGUAGCCCUAAAUAAUACAUAUCAGAGUUCAUACAGCAUCUAAAAUUUGCUAGGCACUAUACGGAGAAUUAGUGAUGUACAGAAGUGAGAGCUGGACCAUAAAGAAGGCUGAUCCCCGAAGAAUUGAUGCUUUUGAAUUCUGGUGCUGGAGGAGACUCUUGAGAGUCCCAUGGACUGCAAGAAGAUCAGACCUCUCCAUCCUGAAGGAAAUCAGCCCUGAGUGCUCACUGGAAGGACAGAUCCUGAAGCUGAGGCUCCAAUACUUUGGCCACUUCAGGAGAAGAGAAGACUCCCUGGAAAAGACCCUGAUGCUGGGAAAGAUGGAGGGCACAAGGAGAAGGGGACGACAGAGGACGAGAUGGUUGGACAGUGUUCUCGAAGCUACCAGCAUGAGUUUGACCAAACUGCGGGAGAAAGUGCCUGGCGUGCUCUGGUCCAGGGGGCCACGAAGAGUCGGACACGACUGAACGACUCAACAACAACAACAAUACGGAGAAUUAAAAACAAGACAGUUCCUGCCCUCACAGUCUAGUGGGCAAAAGCAAAAAGAUGGGAAGGGAUGUCAUUGCUUUCCUCUUUCCGAUGCUGCUCACAGAGAGACGGAGCCGAGUGCCCAGAAGGGAACUAACUGCCCGUAUACAUUUCUGAGUGGGGAGAAGGGAACAAGUUAUCAGACUCCAAACCUGUGAGUCAGACUUUGGGAGAGUCGUCUUGGAACAGCCCACUCACUACCCAAAGCUGUUCGCCAUCCUUCAAGGAAGCAGCAAUCACCAUUUAAAGCAUUCAGCGAUGCCGCACUGCAUGGCUUCUUCACGCCACAAUGCCCCUCCUUGAAAUGCUUGUUUAAAGCAUUGCCAACCACCAGCCUUGCUUGAGGAACAGGACAGCUCAGGUGAGUUGUGGAGGAGAUGCAAGGAAUGGGCUGGUGGUGGUGGCACUUGCCAGAGAGAGCCCAGUGCAGUUGUCUGUUGGCAUGGCUCCAGUAGUCAAAUCACACACGUUAUAUUUAACGCAUCUACCCCGCCUUCCUGUCUCCUGUCUUUCCCUCUGACUGAACUGGGAGAUGGACAUGACGAGGUUUUGGGAGCUGCUGGCCAUCUUGCUGUUUCUGGCAGGUACAAUUGUUUUGUGGGAACAAGUUCUGGGACUGGAAUGGGACAGAGUCUGAAGUUGCAUCUUAAGUGGGAUACAUGAUUGAUUAGGCUUAGGGUAGUAGACAUCCCUGCCCCCCCCUUUUAAAUGUCCAUACUUUGGCCAAUAGAUUUAGAUGUUUGCUUAGAAAAGUCAAGGUUUUGCAGCUUCUCUCAUUACUCCUUCGGUAUUCUAAAAGGGACUGAAAAUGCAUUUGUUACAUUUCUCCAAUACCUGAAGUUUGCACAAAAGAGAUGUCUACCUGCAAGAUCAGAAUAUUCUCAGCACCAAGCACUAAUAUUUUCCCCAGAAAUUGAAUCUGUGGGGGUGGGAUGUUUGAAUUUUCAGGGGGCCACAGGCUCAGACCCUUUGUCUUUGGCAAAUUUGGUCUCAGAGUGGAUAGCAUCACAGUAAAAGAAUUUAAACUGUUUCAGAAUCAUGACCACCUCAUUAGAUUUACAGUAACCUAAAUUCUAACUAAAACUAGCUACAAUUCCUUGUUUUCUGUUGUAAUUUUGCACAACUCUUAAGUGAUUGAAUGCAAUGUGUUCAUUGCAGCCACCUCAUUCAUUCAGUAGUUUCAGUCCUUCAGUUGAUGCUUUAUAUAAUCACAAAGAACACAACUUUUUUCAAAGUAAAAAAUUAUGUUCAGGGAUAAGAGAACACACUGCACAGUGUUCAAGCUGUUGUGCUUGAAAGUAGAUAGCAAUUUCUACUUCAUUAAUUCCAGGAAAACAAGAGUGGGUGGAAAUAAUAUCCUCCCCCCCUAGUUAGAAAACAGCAGCGUCUGACAAGUGGAUCCCUGGUGGCGUAUGUUCAGAGACCUCAAGAAUAUGCAUCCAUAGAGAUUUCCCUGUCUCACUCCUCACUUUAUAAAAUUCCCCAUGAGCAUUUCGGAGGGUGGCAGCAGUUAAUGUCCUGACAUCCAUCUCUUUUUGUUGACAAGUAAACCUUUCUUCUUCCCCAGAUGUUGGAUGGAAUAUGAUGAGCCAGUUGCUGUCUUUAGUUGACUCACACGCUGGUGACACUUUUGAGUUCCCUUUUGAGAAUGGUGCUGUUUUUUAAUACCGUUAUGUUCAAUUAUUGAUGGUUGAUAUGUUUUACAUUUUGUGUAUGUUUUUAACUGUUGUGCUGUGAAAGGCAAUUAAGAAGCUGAACAAAUCACUGUCCUUGGCACCAUCCAAAGUAGCAGGGAUGACAAGAGCUUCCCAGGAUACUGUAACUGGCUUAGAAGAUGAGCUCCGAGGGUCUCAUCCUGUGCUUGUCCUGGGCCUAGAACACAUGCGUCAAAGCUCUCUAGGCAUGUCAGGGUGCUUUUUUGUUCGACCCUCCUCCUUCCCCAGGAAAAUCCACUCUUUAGCACUGAAUCGGAGCAAAUGUUAAUCUCCAGAAAACCCAACAGCCAUUUCCUUCAAUUCAGUGGUCAAGACUGGGUUUCCCCAUGGAAAGCGGCAGGACUUUCAGAUGUCUGGAUGAGCCCUAACAAUGGGCAGCCAAAUACUUUUGGGAAGCUUCCAAAAGCACUCUGAGCACUCAGAAUAGUACCUUGUGUGUGGGUGUGCAUGCAUGCGCAAAGUAUGUUUCUUUUUGUCAACACAUAAAACCAUGCGGCAAGUAACCUUGGUUCCAUUUGCUCAAUGUCUUUCUGGGCUAGAUGCUGGAAGAGGAAUGAGAAGCAUCCCUGGCAGUGAGGCGGGAUCCAAAAGCAGAGCCAGCUUUGCCGAUAGCAUUGGAGGCGCAGCGAGUGGGAUGAGCUCUGUCAUUGGUGGCUUUUUUGGAGGCAGUUCUGGGAAUUCUGCACAGCCUGAGGGGGAUUCUGGGACCACCAACUCCCAGCCAGGUACCAUAUUUUUCCAUGUAUAAGAUGACCCCUAAUUUUUUUUUAACCCCAAAGUAAGAAAUUAAGUUAUUUAGCUUUUUUUUUGGGUGGGGGGAGGUCACUUCUGCCAAUUUCUCACCUGCCUGCCUGCCACUGCCGAUCGCUUGCCACACCACUGCCGAUCGCGCACCUCGCCACAGUUGCCAAUUACCGUAUUUUCUCCUCCAUAAGACGCACCUAGUUUUUAGAGGGGGAAUGCAAGAAAAAUAAGUCUUUAACGGGAGCGCUGAGCAGAACCUGUAUGCAUUCCAGGCUCUGCUCAGCGCUUCCUUUCACGAGCCGUGAGGAGCAUGUGUGGAGCGCUUGCAGGCUUUUCCCUCUCACUGACAGGCUGCCCUUCUCCCUCCUCGGGGAAAAGCCCUCCGCGCAGCUCUUUAAAGGGAGGGCGGCUCUUGGGGGCUUUUGUGGCAGGUGGGGGAAGGGACAGAGCUCAUGGCUCUGUCCCUUCCCCCACCUCCUGCAAAGGCCAGGGAUAGCCCUGCGAAGCCUUUGCAGGGCACAGGGAUGAAGGCUCCCCAUGCCCUGUGGAGGCUUCCCGCGGCCAAGCCAGAAGCUAGAACCACAAGAAGGAGCGCUGUGCAGUGCUCCCUCUAGCUGUUCUGGCUUCUGGGAUAGCCGCGCAGCCUGCAUUCGCUCCAUAAGACGCACACACAUUUCCCCUUACUUUUUAGGAGGGGAAAAGUGUGUCUUAUAGAGCGAAAAAUACGGUAUCUGCCCACUCGCCGCCACCAACAGCCCACCCACCCACUUGCCGGUGCCGCCAAUCGCCUGCCCAAUUGCCACAGCCAAUUGCUAGCAGGCCUUGCUGCAGCCACCAAUCACCCGCCCAAUCGCCACUGCCAACCUCCAGUUUGCUGCUGCCAUUAAUCGCAUGUCCCCCCCCUGCAUUCACUAUCCGUGUAUAAGACUACGCCCAAUUUUUGCCUCACUUUUUAAAAGCAAAAAGCAUUGUCUUAUACACAGAAAAAUACGGUAUUUGGGACAGCAUCCUUUAUUCAAAUAACCCCAUAUUAAAGAAUCUCAGGGGUGUAUGAACAACAUACACCUAGCUUUAUACAAAUACACUAUUGCACGCAGGAGUGGAAAAUUACGUCUGGGCGGGGGAAGAAACCACCUUGUGUGGCAUCUCUAAUUCAAGGCAUCCCACUUGGCAACUAAUCUUCUUGCUUUUCUUGCUGCUGCUCUCCAUACAGAUGCCAUGUACCUUAUUGUGAAAGUGGACUUGGUUUCAUCUGGCCCAGUAACCAUUUCUACUCUGAAUCAGCCACUUCUGAAGGAGGUGAGGAGUGAGAGAAACCGCUGGUAGUAAUUGAUCACAAAUUUUGGUUUAUGAAAGCAUCCUUCUCCCAUGCCAAUAAUCGGCCAGGUAUGUAAUAAUGAAGAACUGGGUGCUAUAUAGCCCAUAAGGAGGUUUCUGCCACCCCAAUUUAUAUUCUGAAAAAACCCAAGAAUGUCUGUGCCCCCUGGGAUGGCAUUAAGACCCAUUAAAUAUGGCGUCUCCACACCAGUGCAGUAAGAUGGCUCAUCUAUUUAAUAUACAUAUAAGUGAGUAAAGUAAAAACUAAGUUUUGGAUCACCUCAAAGGAAAGCCCCACACUCCCUGAGCAGUGUCCUCUUUAAAAUGCUCAAACAUCAUAUCCAGUCCAGUUUUAGGGUAGACAACCUAGAGCCUUAUUCAUUUCUAUAAAAGCUGGUCUGAGCCCAGCCCAGGAAAAUACACAAAACACUCUAUUGUGCCAAAAUGAAGUUUGGGGCUGUGGCGGAAGUUUGCUUUGCUGGGGCAGGUUAGGUCAACAAGUGUUUUCUUUUUCCCUGCCAGCAAAUGGUUAACGAAAGGCAGCCUCUGAUUGGCGGGGGUUCGAGGAGAGGGGUUUGAAAAGGAGAGGAUUUGGAGAGACAGUUCUUUAGGUUGGGAGUCGGGAUGGGAGAGGAGAGGCAGUUGGUUCUGGGUAGAAACAUCCUCUCUGAGGGAUAUAUCACAAGCUAGAGAAAGGAGUCUCUGAGCUUAGUGUGAAGGACAGUGUGUGGUGUCCUGUAAGAGUAAUAGUCCAGGAAUUAACUGGGAGGCUGAGGCAGAGCCAGGAGAAGGAGAAGCUGUGGGAAUACAGUCUAUUUAGGUCUCAUUCCAGUCAGGAGGGGAGAGAUUCUGCUCCAAAAAGAGAAUAAUAAUAAUAAUAAUAAUAAUAAUAUUUUUUAUUUAUACCCGGCCCAUCUGGCUGGGUUUCCCCAGCCACUCUGGGCGGCUUCCAACAAAACACUAAAAUACAAUAAGAAGACUCCCAAACCAGUUAAGAGGGGUGUGGAGACUCCUUGGGUCUGUUACUUGGAGGACCUCAGGAGUAGGGUUGUCCAAGGGGUGUGUAACUGACAGAAAAUACCACCUUGUUUAAGAACCAAAGUAUUAAGCGGCAAGCAACAACUGAGACAGAACUGAAGUGAAACAGCAUCAUAAUCUGAAGUAUCCUAUGUUUUACCCACUUGUGUCAUAAACUUUGUUGUUUAUUUGAUCAAAUCCUGCCUGAGACUCCAAAUUAUUAAGUUUUCCCUCACACAAGUCCCCCACAAGAUAAUCUGGGGUAGUUAGUAGGAAUUCGUGGAAUUGCUGUUCUGUGAGGGGGGUGCACUAUAUUUAAGCGAGGGCAGGCCCAAUGGCGCCGGGGGAAAAGUCCUGUUGCACCGUUGCAGGGGCCAGACAGGAUGCUGGGAUGGCUGACAGAGGACACUCUGAUGGAGAGGUUGACUAUAAAUUGUGGUGGCCCAAAUCUCCAUUUCCUUAUGAAUUUCUGCACAGACUGGCAAUUGUUGGCAUACCUUGUCUCUCAAAACUAUGUUUACUGGAAUUUGAGGCAGUGGGGGGGGGAUCUUCUACUACACAUAAAAGGAUGGACUAAUUAGCGAGGAUAUUUCCUCUGUGAUAGCUUUGUAUACGGGAAAAGCAUAAACAAAUAUUUGAAGCUCUCACAGAAAAGUUCACUUUAGGUUAAACUCCAUUCUUGGAAUACUUCACCUUCUUUUUUAAUGUGCCAGGUGCAACAGAUGUUGGCAGGUUUUCUCAAAGGCACCUUCCACUUGACAUGGGUCACCUAUAAAGAGAACAAGUAGACCUAGGAAAGGCCUGGACCCAGAGGAGAGAAACUGCACUGUCAUUUUGAACCAUGGACUGAUGCAUUUCCAGAUCACUGGGACAGAGAUCAAGGGGGUGUUAGCAAUCAGAAUUACUUACCUGCUUUAACCUGACUAUCCUACUUUCUUGUACUGGUGAAACUUGUUAUUAUUACCAUAUCCUCUCGAGAUCUUUAACUUUUAUAUUCUGUUUUAUUUUCCUUAUACGCAACAAAAUGAUUUUGUAAGCGACUUUGUAUAUUUUGGAUUAAUAGAAAGCCAUUGCAAAUUUAAUUCAAAAUAGGGGGAGGGAAAGAAAUGAGCAACAAGCACAUGUCAUGCCAAAUAAUUAACCCGUAAGAAAGGUUGCAAAGCCAAACUCUAACCCAACCUCAUUUAUGUCCAAGAAGUUCCAAACAUGGGCUUGUCAUCAUCAAAACUGUAUUUCAGAAAGUAUACCAACAGUUCUCUAUUGUUAAAUCUGUAAAAUAACUUAAAAUGUGAUAAAAUGGUAAGACAAGUAAAAUGAUAA